GUCAUAGAUAGCAGAAAACUGACAGAGUGAAAUUAUGUUUGUUUUCAAUCAAAUUUUCAAUUGCGGUCGUGCUGUCAGUAGAUUAGCACCGCGGUUUGUUCAAGGUCCAAGGUUUCAUAAGAUACAUAUAAGAAAAAUGGGGAAUUCCGACUCAAGGUCUUAUUCUCCUAAUCAACAAGGGACAUCUUCGAAAAACGAUUCUCAACGUGGAACAAUAUCACGUACGGAGUCUAAAAAUGAAUAUGUAGAAGCAGUUGUUUGCAAAGCGAGCGACAUUAACGAAAAUGAGAUGAAAGUAUUUGAGAUCGGGGAACAUGGAAAAGUUCUACUUGUGAAACAAAAAGGGGAAUUCAGUGCGGUGGGACCGAAAUGCACUCACUAUGGGGCACCCUUGCAUACUGGAGCUCUGGGUGAUGGCAGAGUAAGAUGUCCAUGGCACGGGGCCUGCUUCAACUUGAAAACUGGUGAUAUUGAGGAUUUCCCUGGCUUUGACUCAUUACCCUGUCACCAAGUCACUGUUACUGACAAAGGAGAAGUUAAGGUAAGAGCCAAAAUAGCAGACUUGAAGUCCAACAAACGGGUGAAGGACACCGGUGCUGUAUCGCCAUGUGAUGAUACGUCUGUGGUUAUCAUUGGAGGCGGGCCCUCCGGAGCUACGUGCGCGGAAACUCUACGGAGUGAAGGAUAUGCGGGUAGAAUCACACUCGUAUCCAAAGAAAACUAUCUGCCUUACGACAGAGUUAAAGUAUCCAAAAUUGGCACCGCCACCGAUAUUGAAAAGCUACAAGCGAGAGACGAACAAUACUAUAAAGAUGCGAACAUCGAAGUCCUCAAAGGUAUCGAAGCGACGAAAGUUAACACGGAAGAGAGGAUCGUAGAACUGAGCGAUGGUUCUAAACGUAAAUAUAGCUCCCUCUAUUUGGCUACCGGUUCCAAACCUCGCGUUCCCGAUAUUCCUGGAAUCGAAUUGAACAACAUCUUCACCGUCAGGAACUUUGAUGAUGCCACGAAUAUUCUUAAUAGUUUGGGUACCAAUAAAGAUAAGGAUGUAGUCGUCUUAGGUCUCAGUUUUAUAGGUUUGGAAAUUGCCUCCUCGUGUGCCUCGAAGGCGAAGUCCAUGACAGUCAUCGGCAAGGACAAGGCGCCACUCGGACAAAUAUUUGGAUUAGAAAUAGGUAAAAGUCUCCAGACCCUAUUUGAAUCCAAAAAAGUUAAUUUUAAUUUUGAAACAACGAUUGUUAAAUGUAAUGGAGAGAAUGGAUCAAUAAAAUCUGUGGAACUAGACAAUGGUGUCGUCCUACCCGCAGAUAUGUUAGUAUUGGGCAUCGGAACUACAUUUUAUACCAAUUUCCUUCAAAAUAGCGGUAUUUCUUUACUACCUAACGGUGCGGUUAAUGUUAAUAACAUGUUGGAAACAAACAUUAAAAAUGUAUAUGCCGGUGGUGAUAUCGCUUAUGCCCCAGUAUUCGCUAAAAACAAUGAUCAAAUGGCGAUAGGACACAUUGGUUUGGCACAGUAUCACGGUCAAGUUGCCGCCAAAAAUAUUUUGAAAAAGGAAACACCUCUCAGAACGGUACCUUACUUCUGGACCAUGCUUUUUGGAAAGUCUAUUCGUUACGCGGGCUGUGGAAAGCCGGCAAGCUCUUUAGUGGAUGGCAAUGUUGAUGAAUUAAAAUUUGUUAUAUUUUUCUUUGAUGAAUCUGAUAAAGUUAUAUCUAUUGCGUCUUGUAUGCGCGACCCCGUGGUUUCGCAAUUCGCCGAACUACUGUAUCAAGGUAAAAGUAUUUACAAGAAAGACCUUGAGAAUGACCGUUUUGCUUGGAUACAGAGCAUUCACUAAGUAUUAUUUUAUGUAUUCCAUUAAAAAGUUUAUGUCAGUAUUAGGCAUGUUAAUAACGUGUAGGUACUUAAAAAUUUUGUCUUCAUUUUCCAGAAAAUUGAAAUAAUACUAUUGUUUUAUUUUCAUUCAAUUUAAGUACAAUUUACAGUUACACCUGUUGUUUAAAGAUGUUUUAAAAACUAUUAAAAUAACUUUUUUCAAAAUAUAUUUUAAGAAUUUAUUUUUAACAAACAAAUACCUGAAUUUUAUAUUUUUGGUUUUAUAGCAUUAAAAUUUAUAAAUUUAUAUAAACAAAUACCUGUGAUUUUAAUACAAUUUACGUAUACCAUGUUUCUAAUAACAUGAUGAUAAGUGUAAGAUAAGAAGUAUUUUGAAUGCAUAUGAAAAUAAGGAAAAUGAUUAUUGCAAUAAGUAAGACUUUGCUUAAUAUGUAUACACAGUACAAAUAUAAUGCUUUUUAAUAUAUUCUAGCAAUUGCUGUAUUUAUUAUUGUUGAAUAUAAGUCUUUAAAAAACA